AUGACAGAUCCGGCCAGAAAUCCAGAAUACACCAAUCCGGACGAGAUUAGAGACCCCAAUACUCCCUACUAUCUUCCUUAUGAACAAGCACCUCGACAACAGCCCGUUCCGCAGGAGUUUUCGGCCCGUCGCUCGACCAUUCUUCCUCCUUUAAUUCCAAACUCCCCUUCCACAACAGCAUCCACGCCUUACUUCUACCCCCCACACCACGUACAACAAUACUACCAUCCUGACCGUAUCACGAGGCCUCAACACACCCAACAAUACCAAUACCCUCCAAGCAUGCCCUCGGCCGAUUACUCAGCAAGAGGGCGCCCCAAAACCACAAACACCAGCCUAACACAAGCCCAAAUUAGCCCCAUAGAUUAUAUCCCUGCAGAUCCUGAAGUCGACUUGUCCAUCUUCACUGAGGAAGACGCUUUGGUUCUCCGAAGCCUCCUGCCUCUUGCAGAAAUCCAUAAAUGGAAAUAUGUUGCAACCAGGCUUUCAAAGCAGAGAUCUAAAAAAUUUAACAGCGAGUUCUGCAUAAAGAAGUUCCACGAGAUGUUCGACCUUCCUUUCGACCCGAACCACUCGUUGUUCAAUUCUCGCUACUUUCUCAGGCCCCACGAGGCCUCGAAUUUAUCGGGACUAAACUUCGAAGGGUUGGUAGGCAGCUCGUUGCCCUACAUUGUCUGCAAAAACGGCUGGUCCGAUCUGCAGGCAUAG